CCAAUUGUCUCCUUGACGAUGCCUGGACCCUCCUUGGAUUCGUUCCAUUUGCGAAUAGCUGCAAAAAGGAUCAACUAAAUUCGCUCAAUAUUGCAACCUAUCAAAAAUGGAUCGACCAUGUAAAAAAACUCAAGGAUGAAACCAUUUGCAAUCAUCGGGAUGAUUGUGGGGAACACAUGGUAUGUGAGAAAAACGUAUGUGCUUGCAGUUACUGUUACACAAUGGUGGAAGGAAAAUGCGAAGCUUCAGAUAGAAAGGUCCUUAUUUUGGGUGCUGGAAUGGCUGGGGUUUCAGCUGCAAAGGCUUUAGGAGAUAAUGGCUGCGAAAAUGUCCAAAUUCUAGAAGGAUCUGACAGGAUUGGAGGACGUGCAAAAUCUGUUAACGUGUCUGGAUACACAAUGGAACUUGGAGCACAAUGGAUUUACGGUUUGGGCUCAAAUCCUGUUGCUAUUUUAGCCCAGAAGUAUGGACUGCAAAUGAUUGAGGACUUUGAUACCUGGGUUGUACGUGACGACAACGGAACAAAUGUAACACAGACCGCAGAUGACGAAUGGUAUAACCUCGUUGAUAUAUUGGAAAAAGUAAAAGUAUUUGCACGUAAAAUGGAUAAAAAUGGUAGUCCUGAUAUCACCACACAAGCAUUGUUGCGCAAAUUUGGCUGGACACCAGACACAAAUGUGAAGAAAGCUGUAGAAGUGUAUGAACUUGAUACUGAGAGUGGAAGAGAAACACCUUCUCUUUCUGGAAAAUAUCUGGAUCAUUUAAGUGUCUUUGAGAUACAUGGCAAUGAUCAGUGGAUGAUUUCCUCUGAUCCACGGGGACUAUCGUAUAUAAUAUCUGAAUUGUAUAAAGAACUGCCAUCAAAUUAUACUACAAGUUUCAACCAAGUGAUUAAAAAAAUAAAAAAUAAGAAUGGUAAAGUAGAAGUUGAGACUGAAGGUGGGACAAAAUAUGAAGCAGAUGAUGUGAUUGUUACUUUCAGUCUUGGGGUUUUGCAAUCAAGACAGGUCUCAUUUAAGCCAGCACUGUCGGAAGAAAAGAUGCUUGCCAUUGAUAAGUUCGGAUUUGGUGAAUAUACGAUAGCGUACUUUGAAUUUUCCGAUGCCUUUUGGGAUAACGUAUCCACUUUAGUGUAUGCUUCAGCAAGACAUGGUGAAAACAGUAUCUGGUACAACAUGAACACAAUCUAUCCAGGAUGUAACAUACUACAGCUAACUUUGAUGGGGUUUGAAGCAAAUGCAGCAAGUCAUUUGAAUGACAAUGAAGUUAAAGAAAGUGGAAUGGCUGCUUUGGCUGCCAUGUAUCCUCAGCUCAGUAUACCUCAACCAGACGCUUUUGUUAGAUCAGACUGGCUUACGAAUCCUCUCACAAAAGGAUCAUUUAGCUACUGGACGCCUGCUUUUAGACCAGAGGAUAGGAUGAAUCUUGGGAAAUCAGAGGGUAAUAUACACUUUGCAGGGGAGCACCUCGGCUUAAAAACUCAUGGGUUCUUAAACAGUGCGUAUAAUUCUGGACAAGACACAGCACAACGCCUCGCUAGAAGCGUGAGAAAUUAAAAUAUAAGCUUAUAAACACAAUCUAUUACAACAAUGAUUUUUUUCCGAUUAGAGAAUUAUUCUUUGUUUACCGACAUCGAAAAUAAAACAUUACAAUGAAA